UCGAGAAAGAAAGGAUCAGGAGAGAGGAAUCAAGAGCGCGCAUGUUGCUGGAUGCAGUCCGUGCUCGUUCGCACAGAGUCCGAGUGUCGCAAGUUACUUGUGCUUAAUUCUUUCUUCGGGUAAACAAGAAGAAGAACCAAAAAGCCGUUAGUUUGGACUUGAUGAAAAAGUCAGAAAUUGGCGCUUUUUGGAGAGCUCGGUGGAAUAUGAUUUGAAUGAAAGAACGGACAUCAGGGCCAAAACGUCAUAGCUGACGCCCCUUCGCUGCAGAGAGAAGUGAAUGUCUCUACAACUUCAAAGCUUUCAUCACGUACAGAUGCACUUCUGAAGAUGAAGCUCUGCUCAGUAGAAGCUGUUCAUGCCAUGUUGCUGCUGUGGGUGCUCAGCCCCAGCGUGCACGCUGAGUGUGAUAAAUCACCAGAGAACACCAAGCUCAACCUCUCCGUCAAGUACGAGCUGCCAACAUUUACCGCUGACUUCCCCAUCCAGAACAUGGUGAUACUGAAUGGGAUCAUUUAUGUUGGGGCUGUGAACCGGAUCUACGCCUUAGCUCCAGACCUCACAAAGUUGUCAGAGUACCACACGGGGCCGCUGCUCGCCAGCAACACCUGCGGUGGGAAACUGAACAACACACACGGCGGCACCAUGGUGGACAACCACAACAUAGCCUUGGUGGUGGAGACCAUUUAUGACAAGGGCUUGUUCAGCUGCGGCUCGGCAGAUCACGGUGUGUGCCGUCGGCACGUGCUGGAUGACGGUGUCAGCCCGAAAACCAUCGAUGAAGAAGUCUACUGUUUUGCAGACAAGGUGAAACAAGGCAGAGGUCAGCCCAGCGAUGCGGACGUUGUGGUCAGCCCGUCGGGCUCCCAGGUGCUCAGCGUGGAGAGCAACGUCAUCCAGUUUUUUGUUGGCAACUCUGAAAUCCCCGGAUUAACGACUGUGUCUCACAGCACAAUACAGCCCCACACAAUCUCUCUGCGAAAGAUGAAGACAAGCCAAAACGGCUUCACAUUCUUCUCGAACCGCUCCUACAUCAAUCUCAUCCCGCCACUACGUGGAAAUUAUUACAUGCACUACGUUUACUCCUUCCACAGUGGACCCUUCACCUACUUCCUGACCGUGCAGCAGGUGAGCAGGAACUCUCAUACUUACCACACCCGCAUAGUCCGCAUGUGUGCAUCCGAUCUGGUGAUUCGCCGCUACGUGGAGAUGCCCUUAGAAUGCAUCAGCACCGAUAAGAGGCGAAGACGCUCCCCAGAGGGCCUGAAGGUUUUCAACAUCCUGCAGGCGGCUCAUGUCGCUAAGGUGGGCCAGGACGUUGAGUUACAGAUGCGGCUGAACGUGGAAGAAAAUGACGAUGUGCUGUUUGCCGCCUUUGCACAAGGAAAACCGAACUCUCCGGAACCCAUGGCCAACUCAGCCGUCUGUGUAAUAUCUGUCAACAACAUCAACAGCUUGUUCAAGAGAUACAUGCAGCGCUGCGACACCAUCGACCCCUAUCACUUCACUGGGUCCGACAAGAAGUCGUGCUACAAUGUGAGUUUAUUGGACAACUGCGGCCUGCAUGAGGGAAUCCUUGAAGGAAAAGAGGGCGAGUACCGCCUGGAAGUCACCCAGUUUGUCCAAAGGCUGGAAUACUGGCACAAGGAGCUGUUGAACACCUUGGUUACGUCCAUCACAGUGGUGCCCGUCCACGGGCGUGCCGUGGCCUACCUGGGCACCGCAGAGGGACGCCACAUACAGGUGGUAUUUUCUCGAAGCGCCUUCCCUCAUGUCAACAUCCGCCUGGACCCGAGGCCCAUCUCUCCCAGCGUGGCGCUGCUUGAUGCUCACAGUCCUCAAGGAGCCCUGCUACUGGCUACAGGAAACAAGAUCACCAAAGUGCCUCUGAUUGGCCCUGGCUGUGAUCAGCUGACCACCUGCACUUUAUGUUUGCUGUCGUCGAGGGUGACGGAGUGUGGUUGGUGUGACGGACGCUGCACCAGAGCCAAUCAGUGUCUCACGUCAUCUGUCUGGAUACAGGACUAUUGUACUCCAGUCAUCACGAAGGUGUCCCCCAAAUCUGGACCGAUACGAGGCUCGACAGUGGUGACCAUUUGUGGGCGUAACUUUGGCUUUGACAAGGUGGACAGCUUCAAGGUUUCACAGAUUUCAGUGGAAGUGGGAGGAGCUACAUGCAAACUGUCCAAACAAGACCACGUCAACAGUUGGACUGAGCUGCAGUGUUCCCCUGUGUCUACUGGGAACUUCACGCCAUCAGGAAGCAUAGUGAAGGUCACCAGUGGAAACAAGGUGGCCAAGAAGGAGGCUUUCAGCUUUAAGGAUCCAGAGAUCCUUGAAAUCUUUCCCCUGUUUGGGCCGAAGUCCGGAGGCACUGUGCUGACCAUCAGAGGGGACUCCCUACACAUUGGAAACAGGAGAGAGGUGACUGUUGGGAAGGCAUCCUGUGCCAUCACGAGUGUGGCGUCCUCCAUCCUGAUCUGUAAGACGCCUGCAUACAGUGAUCCCUCUCAACAGCCCGUCAAGCUGACCGUGGAUUCUGUGGAGCGCCAUGCCCCAGUACACUUCACCUAUAACGAAGACCCCUUCAUCAGUGGCAUCCAGCCUUCGCGCUCCUUCAUCAGCGGAGGCUGCACCGUGUCGGCUCACGGCUUCUUUCUCCGAUCAGGCCUCCAGCCACAGAUGGUCCUCAACACCGGACAUGAUGAGGCCUUCUAUGUGAGCUGUGUGUACGGUGAGAACGGCACCUCCAUCCAGUGCACGACACCCUCACUGGCCAAACUGGGGCUGCAGCGACCAAUAGUCACCAAAGUGUAUUUUGUCCUGGAUGGCUUCCACACCUCACAGUGGGACCUGGUCUAUGUUGAUGACCCCCUCUUCCAGGACCCUAAACUCACAUCCAAAGACAACAAGAGCAUCGUGGAGCUCAAGGGUGAUCGGAUGGACCGGGAGGCAAUGAAGUGUCAGGUUCUGACGGUUUCGAAUCACAGCUGUGAGAGUCUGACUCUGGUUGGAAACACUCUGGAGUGCACCGUUCCCACCGAGCUGCAGGCCACCACCGCCAAGGAACUGCAGGUGGAGUGGCGCCAGGCAGAUUCCAUCCGACACCUGGGUAAGGUGACGCUGGCCCAGGAGCAGGACUACACGGGUCUGAUCGUGGGCUGUGUGUGUGUCAGCCUGCUGCUGCUGCUACUGGGAACCCUGCUCAUGUGGAGGAGGAACAAACACAUCGAUGACCUGCCUGAGGUAUGGUACAAUGGCUGCACUAACAUCCAGCAUUUGGAUAGGCUGGCUAACGCGAGAAGCGUCAGCCCCACCAACGAAAUGGUCUCCCAUGAGUCUGUGGACUAUAGAACAACCCUGCUGGAAGAUCAGGGCAUCGACCGGCCUGAGACAUGCCGAGGAGCUCCUCCCAUCUACGGGGGCAACGGGGAGCUGCUGAGGCACGGCGCUUUGGGAGGUGGGCUGGGCCUGGGCGUGGACGGGGAGCUGGUGUCACCCCUGCUGAUGGCGCCGGUCCACAUCGAUCCAUCCAGCCUUCACCCGGACCUGAUGAAGGAGGUGCAGCAUGUGGUGAUCGCCAGGGAGCAGCUACUCCUUCACCUCAACCAGAUCAUCGGCAGAGGUCACUUUGGUUGUGUUUUCCAUGGAACUCUGCUGGAGUCAGAUGGACAGAAGCAGCACUGUGCAAUCAAGUCCCUGAACCGCAUCACUGAUCUUGAGGAGGUGUCUCAGUUCCUGAAGGAGGGCAUCAUCAUGAAGGACUUCAGCCACCCCAAUGUCCUCUCUCUGCUAGGGAUCUGCCUGCCUCCAGAGGGCUCACCGCUGGUCGUUCUGCCCUACAUGAAGCAUGGAGAUCUGCGCAACUUCAUCCGUGAUGAAGGACAUAACCCGACGGUGAAGGAUCUGAUGGGCUUUGGGCUGCAGGUUGCCAGAGGGAUGGAAUAUCUAGCCAGCAAGAAGUUUGUCCACAGAGACUUGGCGGCCAGGAACUGCAUGCUGGACGAGAGCUACACAGUGAAGGUGGCCGACUUCGGGCUGGCUCGAGACAUUUAUGACAAAGAAUACUACAGCGUCCACAACAAGAAUGGAGUCAAGCUGCCCGUCAAGUGGAUGGCUCUGGAGAGUCUGCAGACGCACAAGUUUACCACCAAGUCGGAUGUGUGGUCAUUUGGUGUGUUGCUAUGGGAACUGAUGACCCGUGGUGCCCCACCUUAUUCUGAUGUCAACUCCUUCGACAUCACAGUGUUCCUCUUGCAGGGGAGGAGGCUGCUGCAGCCCGAAUUCUGCCCUGACACACUCUACACUGUCAUGGUCGAGUGCUGGCAUCCCAAACCGGAGCGGCGCCCUUCCUUCUCCGAGCUGGUGUCACGCAUCGCCGCCAUCUUCUCCAGCUUCAGCGGCGAGCACUACGUCCUGCUCAACACCACCUACGUCAACAUUGAGAAGAUGAGCCCCUACCCUUCGCUUCUUGCCUCCUCCUCCUCCACUGCAGGCUCUUUGUCGUCCUCGCCUGUCCCCUCCACCUCCACCUCAGUGCUGUCGUCCUCGCUCUUCAGCUGCCCAGAGCGAGACUGCUGCACCUGAGCAGGAGAGCAAGGGAAGGAUGGAGGAUGGAACAUGACCCAAAGAACUACUGUAUGAACCUGCCAAACACUGGACCACACAGAGGGAAACACAGAUUUUAUAACUCAGUGUACAUAGAUUGUCGACCUUUGACCUGUUGAGUAUCUGUGAACCACAGGGGCCUCCAUGAACUAUAUGUCUGAUUUUAUUGGGGUCCUUAGCCUACUUCAAAGAGUUGUUUGUGACCUUUGCUCGAGGUCAGCUUUCCUGCUUCUCCUCAAAGACAAUGACCCGGCACAGGAGCCCCUCCUCUGAUAUUUCCAGCAGACAAAGCCACUGUCCCCGAAGCACGGAGCUAUUCAUCACGCUGAGAACACCGGACGGCCGCUGCACCCACAUGUGACGGCGACGUGAUACUGUUCCACUCUGGGUGGCCUGAGCUUCCACACGCAGCUCAAACCUUUCAAUGUGAAUGUUUGACAAACAGUCCAGAGAACAAUCACAUCUCCACACCAAAACCAUCUCCUGUGCUCAGAGAGAACCCAGCUUUCACACAGUGCCUCGGGUGAGAAAGCCGAGGCAGAGCAGACGCCGCCGCUAUCACGUGAUGUUCAGAGUGAGACCUAGGUGUAAAAUAAGGUGUAGAAAAAAAAAAAACAACCUGCUGCCUGCGUGCAGCUCACUGGAUGCUUUAUUUGGAUCAUGGUAUUUGUGCCUCACCCGUGUGGACUCCUGAUGUUCGUGUUGUACCACUGACUUGUCAAAACAGUAAAAUCUGACAAUAUGAACGCACUAACAUGCGCUGACGUGUUCUUGGAAAGAACAGAGUGAUGAAAAUUUGUUGGAUGAAAAAUGAUUCAGAUCACUUACAGUUUGUCCAGUGUUUGUGUUUUUUGUGUGAUGUGCAUUUAUUGACAAAGAAUACACUGUGUCUGAUUAAAUGUUGUCUGUGGUAAAAAAAAUAAAAUAAAAUACACGAGGGCUUGUAGACAGGUGGGGCUUAACUCAGGUUUUGUUCAUUUAAGUAGAGCUAAAAACAUGAGAUGAUGAGCAUCAUCAGAGGUCUUGUUAUCUGCCCAAAUAAUUUCAAUUAGUUUAAAAUGCAAAAAUACUUCAAAUACAGUGAUAUAAAAUAAAAAAAAAUUAUUGUCACAUUAGGGAAGCUGCAUUCAGAAAAGUUUUGGUAUUUUUGCUUGUGAAAUUACUUUACUUUUUUCCUGCGAGUAUUCAUUGACAGCAACACUAAUGCAAUAAUAGUAAGAACAAAAUAGUUUCACAGCCAAAAAAAGUAUGAACAAAAAAAAUCUAGAUUUUUUUUAAAUGGUGUCCCAAACUGCAAAUUUCCACUUCAGACAGUAAAACAAGAAACGCAGCCUCCUCGUUUCAUCAGAUUCUGCUCCAUCACAUUAUAAAUUUCCCAAAUCAAACUGUUAUUUAUAAUAUGAGUGUGUUUGUUACAACUGUUCUUUAAAGUAAAAUCUGGCUCACAAUGGGUUACUUGUACAGUCAC